UUUCCCUCCUGCAGAGUCCACUUGGGCAUGCGCACUAGUUGUCCUCCCGGACUGCCUGGUUUUUCCCGCCCUUCACUGGCCUCCGGAGGGAGGUCAGAGUUCACGCCCCUCUCUGGAGAUACCUGCUCCAAGCCGGGGAUGGGGGACACUAGCAGGGGGCGGGUGUCCUUCCGGUCCUGAAGGGACAAAACAGACUCGAGGAUUGUUAACUCCAGGAGCUGCGGGGGGCGGAGGGCGGGAAGAGGUUGUGUGGGCGGGGUCAGAGGUGAAAGGUCAGAGGGCUGCGGAGGGGGCGGAGCGAACCGGAGGCGGAUGGCGGCUGCGACGUCUCAUCAUUUUCGGCGGCAGAGGCGCUGAAGCUGGGACGCGGCUUGGCGCGUCCGGCGGUGGGAGGAGAGCGGCGUCCGCUCCCAACAUGCACAGUCUGGCGACGGCUGCGCCUGUGCCUACUGCACUGGCUCAGGUGGAUAGAGAAAAGAUCUAUCAGUGGAUCAACGAGCUGUCCAGUCCUGAGACGAGGGAAAAUGCUUUGCUGGAGUUAAGUAAGAAGCGAGAAUCUGUUCCUGACCUUGCACCCAUGCUGUGGCAUUCAUUUGGUACUAUUGCAGCACUUUUACAGGAAAUUGUAAAUAUUUAUCCAUCUAUCAACCCACCCACCUUGACAGCACACCAAUCUAACAGAGUUUGCAAUGCUCUAGCAUUAUUGCAAUGUGUGGCAUCACAUCCAGAAACCAGGUCAGCAUUUCUUGCAGCACACAUCCCACUUUUUUUGUACCCCUUUUUGCACACUGUCAGCAAAACACGACCCUUUGAGUAUCUUCGGCUAACCAGUCUUGGAGUUAUUGGGGCUCUGGUGAAAACAGAUGAGCAGGAAGUAAUCAACUUUCUAUUGACAACAGAAAUCAUCCCUUUGUGUUUGCGAAUUAUGGAAUCUGGAAGUGAACUUUCUAAAACGGUUGCCACAUUUAUCCUCCAGAAGAUCCUCUUAGAUGACACUGGUUUGGCUUAUAUAUGUCAGACAUAUGAGCGUUUCUCCCAUGUUGCGAUGAUCUUGGGUAAGAUGGUCCUGCAGCUAUCCAAAGAACCUUCUGCCCGUUUGCUGAAGCACGUAGUAAGAUGUUACCUUCGACUCUCAGAUAACCCCAGGGCACGUGAAGCACUCAGGCAGUGCCUCCCUGACCAGCUGAAGGAUACGACCUUCGCCCAGGUGCUAAAAGAUGACACCACCACCAAACGCUGGCUUGCACAACUGGUGAAGAACCUGCAAGAGGGUCAGGUCACUGAUCCCCGGGGGAUCCCCCUGCCCCCUCAGUGAUCCUUUCCCAUCCCCUCCCAUUACUCCCCCCAAGUUGGGGAAGGGAGGGGGAACCUGCAAGGGAAACAGCUCAGGUUUUAUCGCCGACUGGGGAUAGACGACCUCAAUGCUGAACUGCUCUGGAGAAAAGGGGCACGGGACCCCCGCUGAGGUGUAUGAACUGCCAUCUCAGGCCAUCUUGAGGACCUGGGCUCCUCUGCUACUCCCAGGAAACGGGCUCCUGACACAGCAGUCUGCCACCACAGCCAAGGAGGGUGUCAACACCAGCAAAUGCUGUAUUUGCAGCAGGCCCACAAUGACCCUUGUCCCUCACCUCUUCCCAGCCACUGGCAGGGAGGGGAGACUGGUGGCAGCAGCAGCACUCUAGGCACAGUGAACGCCUGGGACCAAGCCGUGUGGCGUUUUCUUACUUUGCCUUCCUGGAAGACUCAAGAUGUGUCACUUCAUCCUCUCUCUCAGUAUUUGUUUACUUUGGUUUUUUGUUUUUAAUCUUAGAGAGAGGUGUGUUUAGUGGACACAAGCUGUGAUAUUCAGCAAACCUUUGUCAGUUGGCACUGUUUACAAGUCUGUUAGCUGCAUAAGCUCAAUAAAAAGUUGGUCUGGGCAUUAUAUCCCCUCUAGGAGGCCAAUAGCUGCGUGAGCUGUUGGGGGAAAUGGGAGGCAGGGGAAGGAUAUGAAGCCAAAGGACAGCAGGAAUCCACCACCUGUUUCCCUUCCCUUCUCCAUUCUUCUGCCCCCAGUUCUGGAUGCCACAAGGACCUUAACCUUGCUUCUGGCUUUCGCUGCUAGCUUUUCCAAAUCUCAGUGCUCUUCCCUUCUUCACUUGCCUAAACUUAAAACAGGCGUCUUAAUUCACCAGGCUGUCCUGGGAGGAUAUUGUAUUGAGAGGAGAUGAUAAUGUCACCUUCAGUUCAAGUCCUCAGAGACAUUUUCUGGAUGACUUUUCAAAGGAAGGUUAUCUGGGCUUAACGAUGAUAGGCUUCUUGAUCCUAUUCUUUGCUUUGGUGUGAAUCUACAAUUCCAAGUGUCUUGAUUGUACUUGAAGCAGUAUUAACUGAAUGAGUUAAUUUUAUUCGGAUUUAAGACAGAGGACUGGACUCUGCUUGCUCAGUCAGUCUUGUUGGGUUUUUUGUUUUUUGUUUCUUUUGUUUUGAACACAUUCCCUUAUGGUCCAUGGGAAUUACGAGAUUGUCCCUAUAAUAUUUUUCACUUUUUCGUACUGUGUCAGAGAAUCUCCCUUUCUGCUCUGGAUCUUUAAAUGACUCUAUUCAUAAUCCAGAGGUUUGAAUCUGCAAUCCAAUGUAAAUUAAAUUGCCUUGCUUUCCCCCAGCCCUUCCACCUGCCAUCACCUACUGUCUCUCUAAUCCCCAUCUCCAAUCAAAGAUGGAAUUUGUAACCCAACUAGAGAGACCAAAUAUUUUCAGUCCACAUCUUACACAGUUGAAGGUGAGUCUGAACACAUUUGGGGAGAGUUACAGGGGGCAGGCUCAGAAAAACCUUUGCAGGGGCAGUUUUGCCAACCCAAGGGCUCUUUCAGGCCGACUUUCACAAAGGGAGCCGGCCUCAUUAGUUGGCUUCUGUCUCUCUAGAGCCAAGAAAGUAGUAAUGAAAUAGCCUAGAUUUAGGAAGAGUAGAAUGAGCACUUACUCCCCAGCUUUCAAAAAUGAAGAGGAGAACCAGGCCAGCUCUCACUAAGCUCAAGCCUGAGGAGAAGGCCUUGGAGAAAGCAGAGAACAGCAUGGACUGGAUAAACGUCUUGACUCCCUUCAGCCGACAGUUUCUGUCCUGCAGAGUCCAGCAAGGGUAACCCUGAUUUUUGCUAACCACCUUCCUGCUGAGCCAAAGUUUUCUCAUUCCCUCUCCUUUGGGGAAGCAGCUGAGGCCCCAGGCCAUGCUCCCUGAGAAAUUCUCUUCUCCAUCUUUUGGUGCAUUGGCCAUUGUACUGUGCCAAUAGUGUCUUAAUUCUUGUACCAUCUAAUCUCAGCGGGCGUUGGACCCCACCUAGGAGUUGGGGGGAGGGAUGGAAAUGGGUAUUGUUCCUUGUAGUUGGUCCUGAUGUCGUGUAUGAAUAAAGAGACCCCCUCCCCUCAUUUUGUGUGUUCCAUCCCUCUCACUCCCUCAACAGGACUGAAAUAAAAAUGCUUCUGUUUUUGUAA